AUGGACCGACACGCAAUAGUGGAACCGCGUGCUCGGUUACAAAAGCUAACCGCACAUAUACGAAAGCUUACAGAAAGGUAUGUUGCGGGAACACCGAAGGAUAAAUUACAACUCCUGGUGUUGGAUAUACUUGAAGUCAAGAAAGGAGAAUUCAUUGACGAAAUAGAUCGGCUUGACGCGGUGCGCAGACAACGAGAAACAGCGCACUCUCCGCGUCCUGAGACCGAUGACGGUCAGAAUCGAGGUGAAACGCCUCCUCUAGCGGAUCCGGUCAUAAACAAAAUAGACGAAAGGACAGAGACUCCUUUCACCGGGCCACUUGAAACUGAUCAACCUGGGGAUUCAGAACCGGUCGUUACAGAAGAAAGGGUCAAAACUCUCAUUGAAGAGUUUGCCAACAGAAAGGUUCGACCGUGGAAGAGGAAAAUCAAGAAAGCCGCGCGCCAAACAAUCAUGUUAGCCGAAAAAACGAGGGAUGAUCUUGUGAAGGCAGAUGCCCGGAUCACAGAAAUCGAAGCCGACUACCAGGACGAUACUACUCUGCACAACGAACAUCUUAAGCGAACCGAAGACUUGGAAGAUAAGACCUCCAAGAUGGUGGAUGACUUGGAACGGUUUCAAGAGAAAAUCGAUCAACAGUUCACAAAGGUAGAUGAGGACCUAGGGCGGUCAAGCACCGAAGUCGGUUCAACACUUGACAGGGUCAUAGAUCUUGAAAAGAAGAAUGCAAGUCUUGAAGAGCGCAACGACAUGCUUGAAGCCGACCUUAAGGCGGUCACCGAACAGGUGACUGAGUUGAUAAAUGCCAAGAUUAAUGUUGAUAAAGCGGUUGAAGAGGCAAAUGCUCAAGCGGUUAAAGAACUUCAGGAUGCCUUGGAUGACCAGAACCGGACAGAGAAGGAAGCACCGCGGUCAUCUGAUGCGAACUUCAACGAACGAUUACGGAUAUCAAUGGCCAGAGAUCUAGCACUUGCAAAGAGCAUAGCAGCUCAAGCGGCCGAGGAUGCAGAACGAAAGAGAGAGAAAGAGAACGGCGUCGCCGGAAACAGGCAAAGGGGAAGGAGACGAAGCUAA